AUGGAUCCACUCACUGCGUUGAGUUUAGUAGCCAACAUCAUAGCAAUCGUCGACGUGUCUGCGAAACUGGUACAUACCACCUGGCAACUGGCCCGCACAGGCGCCAAAAUUGAGCACAUCGAGGUUGAAGAACAAACAAAGCUGGUCGAAAACCAAGUAGCAAGUCUCAGACCUGGAUUGAACGUCAAAGACGCCGAUCUAUCGCGGGAUGACCAGCAAUUGAUACAAUUGUGUGAGCAAAGCAGGAGUGUCUCGGGCCAGCUCCUCAAGAUGCUUCGAAGCUGCAAAGCCCGCAACGGAGGUGGCAAAGUCUCACUUGAUGCUUUCAUCCUCGCUAUUAAGAGUGAAUGGAAGGAUGAGGCAAUCAAAGACCUGCAGGAAAGGCUAGAAAGAAUCGACAUCAAAGUACACAGGCUCCUUGCACAUCAGUAUCAGAGCAGGAUCCUGAUCAAGGUAGAAAGCCUGGAACGAAAGUUCCAGACAUUGGGAACGAGUCGUGCUUCUGAGUUUCGAGAGAUUGAAAAGGCGAUCAAGGACCUUGGAAUGUCUGUCACGGGGCACGGUAAGUCUGACGUCCAGCAAAUGUUAAAAGCCGCCGGAAGGGGAGGCUUGGCAAAGGAGUUUGCCAUUCAAGCUGGGAUACUAGAGCAGCUCAGAUUCGAAGAGGUUGAUCGUCGGUUUGAGGAACUGGAGCAGCGACCCAGCCAUGAUAAAUCAUAUUUGUGGCUCGACAAAAGCUAUAAUGGAGCCAGGAAAGCUGGACGAGAUCCCGCCAACUUCGAAACGUGGCUGACCUCGUCUGAGAAGCUCUAUUGGAUCUCUGGAGUCCCAGGUUCUGGCAAAUCAACGCUGAUGAAGUAUCUCUAUUCGAGCCACAGGACCAAGGAGUUGCUUGCAGACUGGACGGGAAGCAAAAGACUUCUCAUUGCAGCGUACUUCUUCUGGGAGGUGGGCAAGGUUGCUUUACUGAGAACGCAGGAAGGGUUACUACGAACUCUUCUGUUCCAGAUUCUGAGGCAAUGCCCUGAAUUGAUUUCCAAAGUGUACGCCGAUCUCUGGCUACUCUUUAGCGAUGCGACAGCCAAUAGUCAAGAUUCCUUGACCACCUUUGCAGGCUCUCAAGUUUCGCUAUCGGUGCGCCAUCUACUUGAGAAGAUGAAAGAGUGUUGCUAUUGCAUCGCUCAUCGUGGCCAUUGUCUCUUUCUCGUCAUCGAUGGCUUGGACGAGUAUGGCGGCAAGCCSGGCGACAUUAUCCAAUUGAUGAGUAUACUCACGGAAUUACCAAGUGUGAAGAUCUGUGUAUCCAGUCGACCGGACAAUGCAUUCAUGGACGCAUACAGUAGUAUGACCAGCAAGGUAUUCAUGGAACACUUCAACGAGCCAGACAUAACGGCCUUUGUCCGCGAUCGACUCGAGAGUCACGCUCUAUUCGAGCAAGAUGAAGAUAGAGAUACUCUAGGUGCUGAUCUCAUCAACCGGGUGGUAGACAACUCAAAUGGAGUGUUCCUGUGGGUUCGUCUUGUAGUGGACGAUUUGGAAGAAGGAUUGACAGAUCGCAAUACCAUCCUGCAGCUACAGAGACGGCUCGAUCGACUACCAACGGAGCUGGAAAACUUUUACGACCAUAUGCUGAACCGUGUACAUGGAGAUUACCGGGCAGACUCAGCCAGCAUGUUGUUGGCAACGUAUCAUGCACAUGACUUGCUCUCUCCCUUGGCAUUGUGGUUCAUCAGCGAAGGAUCCAUGGAGCUAGGAGACGACUACCAGACAAAGCCCAUCGACUCCCGGACGAACCACAAACGACGCAAUCAGAUGGACUUCAGGCUGCAGAGUCAUAGCAGAGGUCUUUUGGUAACCCAGGACUUGCCGCUAGCUUCUGCCCGUGCUGUAGCGCUUCCUUCAAGUUCACUUUUUGGGCAAAAGGUGAACUUCUUGCAUCGCACGGUACGAGAGUUCCUCGAUCGAGCGCACGUCAAAGAACGUCUCCACGACUGGAGACCAGAUGAUUUCGAAGUAGACAAGCUUAUAUGUCAGGCUAUCCGCGCUGAGAUAAGAGGUUCUCCCACCGAUCCUGGAUACUUCACCCCUGACGGUCCAAUAUCAGGCUUGAUCGGCAUCUUUGACUUCCAUUGCAAGAAGUUGCAUGCAGAUAUGUCACGAAGGACCGUAGCCGAAGGCUUGCAAACUAGCCUCACGGCGAUCUUGUUAUCUCAGUACCAGGUCAAUAGACAUUCUCUGAAAUCUGCGACUAUCGCCGAUAUCAAGAUGCAUGUGGAUUGUUCUCGAAGGGCGCAGUCGAUGCCGAUAAGAGCAGGAACGUUUCGUUCAGCACAAAGCUUGGAGCUGUCGUUGAGGAAAGAGAAACCCAACUGGAGGARGCGGCUGUUCGGGAGCUAG